UCUGUCUCAGCAAAAUGGCAGAGGUCGGUCAGAGGCUGGGGAGCGGAGUUUACCGGCUGACCGCUCUCAGAAACAGCCAGAGUCGACCAGUGGUCACCGGGGAGAGUCCAGGGUCUCUGCUGAUAAAAUGCACAUCCAGUGACAGUCGCAUUGAAGAAGAUUUAACCCGGGAUCGACGCGAAGGGUCAAAAAGAAGAGAAGCACAACGCCAAUCAGAGAAAGUUUCCAGGUUGAGAACAAGUGAAAGUCAACAAGAAAAUGGGACUUCGUGCUGUACCUCAUCUUCAGUGCUGGAUUACUCCCGUUUAUUCGGGUUUAGUCAAAGCAGAGACGUUAUGCAAGCUAAUAAAGCAGCCCUGUACCUCUCAACAAGACUGCAGCCUCUCCUCCAGGAGAAGCUGCUGGCUGGAAGGAUGACGUCCUGGACUAGAGGAGCUGGUUCCAUCCAUCCUGACAUCUUCAGGUCCCCUCAGCAGCUCCGGGCUUUCUGCACUUUUAUUUUUCAUCUUGCAGGGCAGGAGUCGGAGAGGCCAGAACCGACACUUAAGCGUCUGAAACUACACCCUGAUACCCUGAAAGAAUUCACAACCUGUAGGAGCUACAGCUGGAGGAGUGACAGCAGCACUAAAGAUACUCCUCCUCUCUACAGAAGCAGGACAGCUUACUAUGACAUCCUCAAAGUGUCCCCAAGUGCAACACAGUCCCAGAUCAAGACAGCGUACUACAAACAGUCCUUCAUCUACCACCCUGAUAAGAACCCGGGGAGUGAGGAGGCCACACGGCGCUUCUCCGAGAUCAGUGAGGCCUACACAGUGCUGGGCAGCAUCAGCCUCAGGAGGAAGUACGACUAUGGUAUCCUGAGCCAAUUGGACGUCCAGAGUGCAGGGAGACCAUCCUCCAAAGAGACCUCGAGUAGAUCAACGGGGACUCCUUACCAGCAGCAGCAACAGAGAGCCAGGAGGUUCACCCAAGCAGGAGGGAAGCCCAUGUAUGAUUUUGACGCCUUUUAUCAGGCUCACUAUGGGGAGCAGCUGCAGAGGGAGAAGGACAUGAAAGCCAGGAAGAAGCGCAUGGAGGAGAUGAAGAAGGCGGAUUAUAUGAAGUGGAAGGAAAGGAAAAUGUUGGAGAUGACUGUAGUGAUGCUGCUGACCAUGGCGGGCCUUCUUUUUAUUAAUCUCAGCGAGUCCUAAAAUAGAAGCAGCAGUGACCGGACAUUACCCUGUUGGGUGCAUGUUAUGACUCUCAGGGGGGGAGAUGGGCAAGAAGAGGAUGAGGGUGCUACCUCAGGUAGUUUUGCAAGUGUUGCACAGGUUCUGACAGUUAAAGAUGGUUAUUUUUGGAGUGCUUCAGGAGUAAACAAACCUGCACCAUAUCUGAUAUAUUUAACAAGCCAGAGUAAGGCUUGUUAAUCAUUGAAAAAUCUCUCACAUGCAAAAUGUUUCUGCGAGCUAUUGAACAAAACAAUCUUCAUGAUCUCAAAAUCAGAAAAAUUACAAUUAUACAUAAGGAGUUUCUAAAAACAGUUAUAUAAGUUUGUAACUGGAAUGGGAAUUGUUCCUAUAAAGAAUAAGCAUUUCAGAAAUCUUCAAAGAACAUUAUCAUAUUUCACAUCAUGUGGUUAAUAUCGUCACAUAAUCAAAGUCUUGUAAACGUUCCUGCUGACUUGUCCAGGUGUAAACUUAAUUGUGUCAAUAUCACAGCCAAUAUGUGGUAAUCUCUUGCUUUUAAUCACCAAAAAUUGCAGACAAACCCUGCAUACUGUCUAAAUUGCACAGAUAUAGUGCCAGUGGAUUUGUGCAUUUUUGAUGGUGCUCUUUCUUUUUUUGGCAGCUUUUGGUCGAAAAAAAUAACAGAUUAGCUUUGAUACUUGCCAUUACAAUUCAUCAUUAGAUAUUGUCUUGUUUUACCUGGUAUGGCAAAGUACAAAGUAUCAACAAUUUUACGACCUAAAUUCUUUUUUGUUUGAGUUUAAGCCUUAAGCUGACAACUUUUCAUGCAGGUUAUGUUCUAUGAAUCUAACUGUAAGAUUAAAAGAUUUAAUGUUUUACGCUGAAGAACGCACAAACCGCUUCCCUUUCCUGUAAUAAAAAAGAAAUCUACUUUGAACUGUAAA